GCCCUCUCUCGCUUUCUCUCUCUGUGCACCUCAAACUCAAAUUUCCAAAAUAAAAAAAAAAAACAAAGAAAAAGAAAAAUGGAGAACCAAAAGCCGCUCCAAAAUGGAAACAAGGUUGAUGAUAAUCUUUUAGCCGUUGAUAAUCGUGACCGUGAUGGUGAUGGAUCGGCUCUGAUCUUCCUGGGAACCGGUUGCUCCAGUGCCGUCCCCAACGCAAUGUGCUUGAUCCAGCCCUCCGAUCCUCCCUGCCACGUCUGCUUCCAAUCCCUCUCCAUUCCCCCGGACCGUAAUCCUAAUUACAGGUGUAAUACAUCUUUGCUUAUCGAUUACUGUUCGAGCAAUGGUAAACACAAUUAUGUUAUAAUUGAUGUUGGGAAGACAUUCAGGGAGCAAGUUCUUCGAUGGUUCACUUUCCACAAGAUUCCUCGAAUCGAUUCUAUUAUUUUGACUCAUGAACAUGCUGAUGCUGUUCUUGGUCUGGAUGAUAUACGUGCUGUGCAACCACAUAGUCCUACAAAUGAUAUUGAUCCCACUGCCAUUUACCUAACUCAAUAUGCGAUGGAUAGCAUUGCCACAAAAUUUCCAUACUUGGUUCAGAAGAAACUUAGAGAAGGCCAAGAACUAAGGCGGGUGGCUCAGCUUGACUGGAGAAUAAUUGAGGAGCAAUAUGACAAACCAUUAUUUGCAUCAGGACUAAAAUUUGUCCCGUUGCCAGUGAUGCAUGGAGAAGAUUAUAUCUGUUUAGGUUUUCUUUUUGGUGAAAAGUGUAAAGUGGCUUAUAUAUCUGAUGUCUCACGUUUUCCUUCAAACACAGAGUAUGUUAUUUCCAAAAAUGGUGCUGGACAAUUGGAUCUUCUGAUAUUGGAUUGUUUAUAUAAGAGAGGAUCUCAUAACGUUCACUUAUGCUUACCUCAGGUUUGUUCCACUGUUUCCAAUAAUUCUUCUUCAUUUAUAUAUAUGGUCAGAGACCGCUCAUGUUCCAUCCGCUUAUUUUUGCAGACUCUUGAGGCUCUAAAGAGGAUAUGUCCAAAACAAGCUCUAUUAAUUGGAAUGACUCAUGAGUUUGAUCACGAGAAGGACAAUGAGUUUCUUAUGGAAUGGUCGGAGAGGGAAGGAAUCCAUGUGCAACUUGCACGUGACGGUCUGAGGGUCCCCAUAGACCUAUAAUGAGGUUUUAUGCAUGGUCCACGAAAACAUUCAUACUUUUCCAUCCCAUUUGAUGGGAGAAGAUCAACGAUAUUAUGUUGAAGUAAAAUUAUUUAUAGCUUCAGUAGCUUGGGUUUACAGUUUAUGAUAUAAAAGAUAUUAACAAUUUCAGAAAGAGAAAAGUAGAAAGCAGAAGGGGGAUCCUUCUGAUGUUGUUGAUCUUUAAACUUGUAUCGAUACUGCCUCUUUCUUCCAUGUAUCAUUCAUUUUUAGAAAUGCUUUUUAGUCAAAAUGAUUCAAUUACUAUA